UAGUUAGAUCAAUUGAUUAUUAAUCAUAUAAUUUUUAAUAUAUAUUUUACAGAUUGAUUUUGAAGAGGUGCGUGAUAGUGGUAGUGGUAGCAAAAGCACUGAAAUGGUGGCUUUUCCUUUCUAACUUUUUUUCACUGCAGGAAUAUUUUUAUAAUUUUUUUUUCCCAUGUGAUUCUCUGUCUCUGUGCAGUUUCUUUACAUGUGUCAGGAACUACCAACUGCAGUCUCAAAGAAUAUAAUUCUCUUUUUGGCAGUUCCUAGUUAUAUUUUCAUACUGCAGCUGAUAAGGGCCUCUUUUUUUUUCAUUUCAGCUUGUUAUUUGUGAUUAAAGGGAGCUUGCAGUAUGCUUCUCAAGUUUUGAGAGAGGGUGUAGAAAAAAUUGUUCCUGGUGUUCUCUAAUAGAUUUGAAAUAAGUGGAAAUGAAAGAAAAAAAAAUUACUUGACACCCACCCUGUCUGGCCUCUUGGAAAAAGAACAGUAUGUGGGAUUUUGAGAUUUUUCCAUUAUGUGUUCUUGUCAGCUGUUCAGCCCUUAAAAUGAAAGCAUAAUGAAAAAUAAGAAUUUGGUUGGGAGGAGAAAUUAAGGUUUUUGUUAUUUCUUGGCACUGUAAAAAGAACAAGUGUUCAAACAGUCUGGAAUGCUGCCUAAGUGGAAGCAAUUGCAAAGGAAGGGAAAAGGCUUUUUUUCAUGAAUGGCAGCGCUUUCUGUCUUGUGUCAGAGAACACAUCUUGUCCAAACCUGUGCUCUGUGGGAAGGGGCACACUAGGAGCUUUUUCCCUGUUAAACCAUUCCACGAGGGAAACUCAGCUCUGCUUUCACCUUUGUCCAGUUGAGAUCUGUCCUUUAGCUCCGAGUGCUUUGGAUGACUGUGACUCAGCAGAACUACUGUGCAUGAGUGAAAUGUGAAAGGUUUUAUGUCAUUACUUAUUACUUAAUGGAUAAAAAAAUCAACACGGCAAACCUUUGUGAAUAGAGCACCAGAGGCCUGAGAAGCAGCACAAGCAACCUGACACCUAAUUUAGCAUCAAAACUAUUACUUGAAGUCUGAAAGUAAAUUAGAUGUUUAGGUUUAAUCUAAGCAGGAGCCAGGUGAUGCUUCUUCAUAACCACAAACAUGUAGGCGCUGUGGUGUGGUGAAGUGAGACAGUGUGGGAAGCUAUUGACAGGAUUUCAUCCUGACUCAGCUAAAGGAGUUGCCCACAGAAAGCUGUUCCAAGUUUCACUGCUGGUAUGAAAAUCUGUUCUGAUAUGAUGAUGCAUUGCAUUUUUGCACAGCAACAUACCAAGCCGCUUGGUUCUUCAAGUCCUCGUGAUCUUACUAAAUAUUUAAGUUGGUCUAAAUGUUAAAAAACCACUGCACUUCAACAUGGAAAAUUAUUUUUCAGGUAAGUAAUUAUUACUAAGUCAGGUUAAAAGAAACUAAACUAAAAUAUCAUUCAAACCCUGAGUACCAGGGGCUAGCUGAGGAGGUACUCUAUUUUGAUUGAGUAGCAAGUCUAAUUUUACUCAAGGGCAGCAAAUAAAAGGUCUUAUAUUUAGACUGUAGUUUUUAUUUCUGAGAGCUGUGUCUAAGAUUUAACUUAAAGUAGAUAAAGAGACAGGUUAGAUCGUAUAUCCCAUAUCUAUAUCCCAAGUGCAUAUUAGUAGUAGUACAUUAAAAAAAUUCAGAAGAAAUAAAAGGUGUGCAUAAAUGCCUGUUACAGACAUGAAUCUGUUGUGAAGAUGUUUUUUGCCUGUGAUGAGACUACAUUAGAUUAUGUUUGUAAUUACAAGGAUAAGUUCCAAAGCAAAACCAAAUAUGUAGUUGCUUUUCUCACUGACGAGUGGCUGGCUACAUUUCCUUUGGUAAAGAAAAUAAACUAAUUACUAACUCAAAUUUCACAACCCCCCUAGGCUUCUUGAGCAGGUUUUUUGACAAGUCAGUGGAGAAAAAAAAUAUAAGUAAAUAUUCUCAAAAGGUUACUUGUUGGACUGUAGGUGGACUAUGAAUUCUGGUAAGGAUGUUGGGUUAUUUCUUUGAACUGAUAAAAUUUAAGGUGCUAAUUGUCUUUUAAGUUCCUCUUUAAGUAAGUUAUUUCUGAGGGCCUUGCAUUACUUGUAGCAGUCAAAGAAAUUCAAGAGCACAAGAGCACAUCCAUUCUUUAGUUCUAGUUCAAGAGCUGACUUCACUUACAUGCUGAUCAACUGACCUAGAAUAACAGUAUCAGGAUAUUUUUCAUGUUUGGUGACAAGAAUUUUUUAUGUCACCUGGCUGUUAGAAUGUUUAGUAUCUGGAAACUGCUUAAAUUUAUUACUCUAUGCCUACAGGCAUGAAAAAAAUUAAUUAGGGAACUAGAUGAAGAUAUAUUCUUGUCUUGAGAGAAUGAAAAGAAACAGGCUGAAUAAACAUAGAAGUGAUUAUGAAAGAGGAAGCUGAAUUCUUGCAUGCUCUACAAACACUGAUUUAAUUUUGUCUGUUUAUAAAUACUCUGUAUGCAAAGAUCUGAGAGUGCUUUGUAAUGGUAAUAAUCAGCUCUUGCAGUACCCUUCCCUGAGAAGUGACACAUUAGCACAGCCACAUGCAGUAAGUUUCAUAGACAGAGGUUAAUUGCCCAGUAUCACAGAACAGCUAGUGUCAAUGCCAAAAAUAAAAGCAGUUCUGCUGCUCAGUUUAAAACAUAAGGAGAAGCAGCAAGGCACAAGAUGUCUGUGACUGAAGGAAAUUUUAUAUAGAUGUAACUCUACCAGCACCCAUCAGACAGCUUAGCAUGGACUAUGUGAGUUAUAACAUAGCAGACAAAUCCUUUUUUUGGUAAAUUUUCUUCAGAUAUAGUGGCACAGCAGCAUCUACAGUUCAACAUCCUCAUACAGGUGGGUGAGCAAGCCCACAAAGCUGUCCUUUCACACAGGCACACCUACUAACAGAUGCUGGUUAAAAAAGAUUUAGCCAUUUGGGCAGCAUCCUUCAAAGGAAAGGAAGCAUUAAACAGUUUACUUUAGGUCACACUGGCUUGUUUUUUCCCAGAUUUGUCUUCACAAGCUAAUAAUGCUGAAAGUAGCUUUGUUGUAUACAGUAAUGUUUAUGUAACAUUUGAAAGCUGGAAGAUGAAGGGAGAAAUCUUAAGUGUUAACUGGCUGAAUAAACUGAGCUGGUAUUGAAAAGAUUAAACCCAAAAAUUGCACCAUAUUAUGCAAAUUUGUUUAAUUAGGUAAUUUGUUUAAUAUCUUCUUAAUGAGCAAAAAGAUGCUGUCAGUUGCCAGACUGAUAGCUGAAGGAUGUGCCUGCUUCUCACAGGUGGUAAGUGUAAAUGCAAACAUACUAUCUCAGCAUAUCUGUCCCUGGAGGACUUCUUUUGCAUUCCUUUUUAGUAAAGGCUUCACAGUUAACACAUCCAUCUCUCCACUGAAAAUAUUGCCAUUAAUACUGGGGCAAUUACAAAGAGGAAAAAACUGGGAUAUUUCACGCACUCCAAAAAUGGACACGUAAAACAUAGAUCAAGUAAUCUGUAUGUCCGUGAACAAAGGUCUGGAACCUGAAAGGUAAGUCUGUGGAAGAGCAUAUAAAGCAAUCACCAGAAUUAGUAUUCCAGGAGCUCUAAAGUUGUGUAAGUCAUGGUGUUAACUGGCUGGUUUUGCUCAUACAUGAGAAUUGCUAGACAAAUGCCACCUCAAAAAAAAAACCAAAUACCAAAAAAGAAGUCAAGUGCCAUUAAACCCACUCAGGUUGUUGGAAAAACCCAAAAAGUGUGUAUGUAAUUAGAACCAUGUUAUACCCCAUAAAAUGGUUUGGUUUUUUUUGUUACCUCCUGAAAUAUAACAGUCUAUAUUGCUCAGAUCCUGUGUUUCUAGGGAAAUACUCAUGCCAUAUGCUGGAAAGUUACAGAAUUUUUUGAGUAAUUUUUUCAGUAGCAUUUUCUUUUGCUGUUUUUUAUAUAAUAAAUUCUUGUACUUAUUCUUCUGCAGAGAUCUGCAGGUAAAUGUAGUACAGUUCAAAUGUACUUGAAGUGUACAUGAUACACUCCAGUUGCCAGGAGAUCUGGCAACUGAUGGCAUCCUUUUGUACACUAAGAAGAUAUUAAACAAAUUACCAGCAUAAUUUGGUGUAGAUUGUGGGUUUAAUCCUUUCAAGUGAAACAUCAACUGAGUUUAUCCAGUUAGUUAACACUUAAGAUUUCUUUUCUCCCUUCAACUGACUGCUUAAUCAUGCUAAUCUUAUGAUAUGGUUGACUGUGACAAGAAAUAAAUUUAAGUCAGAUCAGUUCAAGAGGAUUACAGAUGGUUUAAGAUUUCUGGAUUGAAAAUAAUGAGAUAAUUCCACAUUUUCAGUUCCUUGGACAAAUCUCUAGUUUACACUACCUUAGAUCACAUUAUAAAUGCCUCUUUAGACUAUAAUUACAGGUGACCAACAUUCUUGCAAGGGGAAUAAUGUUGGAUAGCUAUCUAAUAUUAAACCAAAAAUCAUUAUGGAAUUAACUUUUAACUACACAAAACCUUUGGCAUCUUCCAACAUCAUGCAGAGAGCAGGAUUGUCCUCUGAGUUUUACUCUUAAAAAAUCUCCAUGUUCAUAUUAAUAGCAUAUAAGGAAAAAAUACAGUAUUUAGGCAUAAAAUAUUCUUAACUAUAUAUAGCUAAUACUUGCUAUGUUACUACUCCAUGGCUAACACCCACUCCGAAAAAACAGAACUCAUCUUGCAUAGGAAAUAAACUAUCUUGCUGUUCCCUCCAGGGGAAGGUAAUCAGGCUAGAAAAGUCCCCUUGCUCUUCUGUGGAGGGCUGUGCAGAGGGGAGCCUUGUCAGUGCCUUUGUGUGGCUCUGUGCUGAGGGGAAUGGAACAUUACAGCCCAGGGAGCAAAUGUGAGCGAGGACUUUCAUCUGCACAACUUGGCAAGACCAGGCAAGAUUUUUUUACUCCAGUGGUGACUCAGGCCUAACUUAUGCACUCGGAAAUUAAAUGUUUUUCAUUUAUUGGUUGCCCAAAAUGAGAGCACGCCAGGUCUGCAGAAAUGCUGGAAGUUCAUAAGUACACUGGUGUGCCAAGUACAAAAGUGUCUAGUGCUGGAGGAGCAGGGAAAUACCUUAUGUUUCUUCAUCUGGAUGUGCAAAAUUAGUGAAUGUUUUCAGAUCAUGGUAAUAUUACUGUACUAGGACUCCUGUUCUCAGAGCUGUGGCAUGAGGACAGCACAAACAUCUGCUGAAGCAUUUAUGAUGGAUUAUAGGGUGUUAGAGUAACAGGAAUAGCACGUAAGCAUAUCAAAUGAAACUAUUCAUUAUCAAAAUUAGAGCUCGAUCAGGCUGAGUAUGAUCUAUGACCACAUACUGAGUAAGAAAAAUACAAAUGCAUGUUGAAUAAACAGUGCCAGCUGGUCUUAAUGAUUUGUAGAAAAAUAGUAUCCUGUUAAACAAAUAUAUAUACAGGAUUAAUCUAAAGCAAGGAUCAACAGGCAAUUUUCAUUUUAGAAUUCCCUUAGACAUUUCUUCCCUUUGAAGGCUUUUUAGUUCUGUUACUGUGUUUUGAUUGAGUAAAUAUGUACAGGGUAUUUCAGAUAGUAUGAAUUACAGCCAGAAUUAGUUGCAGCCUUUCCCAUGCUUUCAAUUCCAAGUCUAUAUAUAACCUGACUUGAUUUUCAGCACCCUCUAGAGUAAGCAGAAUGAUCCAGCAGCCUUUCCUUUCAUCUUAGAUAGCUGAAGUAGUGCCAUCCUCUUUUUGCCAUUUUGUUGGAUUUUCUGAUACUCUGAAGCUUUAAAAAUAUUAUGCAUGAUAAACUAUUAAAUAAGUGUUCAUAUUAUAAAAACAGUCCUUAAGGUACUUUCACAUAAAAACCUUACUUCAGAAAAAAAAAAAAGCCAAUCAAACCAAUUGUUACCUGGCAACCAGGGACAAUAUUCCUACUGAAGUGUAACCUUACAAGCCUCUGGCUGAUGCUUUACCUACUGUAACUGCAAAGGAAGUCUCUGGAAGAAGAGCUGCAAGGUUUAGCCAGUUCUGUGUUCAUCAAUCUUACUAGACAAUCGAGUAAUUGUUUCCAUGUGGUUGGGUCAGCUCCUUCUGCCUCUCUCACAGACCCUCCACAGUGCUCUCUACUGUCUUUCUUCUCUUUACAAUUUUCUGUCUUUUUACACUGGGGCUUUAUAUCUUGGAUUCUUGAGUUGCUCCUCAUUCCUCAAUCAAUACUGUCACUUCUUUCUGCAAUUUUACUUUUAUUAUUUUGCAUAAUUCUCACAAUUGAAUGGGGUUUUCAGUAGUCUGAGCUAAAUGCACGCAGCUCCAGCCUAGCCCUUGGGUCACAGACAGCUGAGUCCAUAGAAGAUUAAUAACAAACGAUGAGAGCCCGCUGGUGUUUCCCCCUGCCCCCAGCCUGCUCUGAUCUUGCACUUCAGGCCAGCACAGCCCUCAGGCCCCAGCUGAGCUCUCCCAGGCAGGCUGUGCCAGUGCUGUGAAAGGCAACACCGUCUCACAGAGCUGCCAGUGCUCAUCCAGGUGUAAUUCCAGUGUCCUCCCAGAGCACGUCUGCACGGCAUUGUUGGUGUUGCUAAAACACCAGAAUUCAGCUGCAGCAAGGACCCAACAAACAGCAGUACACCAAUAACUCCUAGUGGGAUUGAGGAUUAUGGAAGUUAGUUUUCUGUUUCUAUGACAGUAAAUUUUGUCUUUUAAAGAGUGGCAAUAAACUGCCAAGUAAAGGGCACCAUUUCCCUCUCAGUUUACACUGUUAAUUCAUUAUUCAUCAUGCAGAAUUAGAGAGCUUAACUGAAGGUCUCUGAGAGAAGUCUCAAGCAGCAUACCAUAGAAGUUCAGUAGCUAAGAUGCUGUUGAUUCUUUAAAAGUGAGAUAUAACUCAGUCUAAAAAAAAGCAGUUAGACAGAUUUUUUUUUUUCCCAAAGCAUGGUAAUUUGUUUGCUAGAACAGUAUAAGAAGAAUUGAACAUGGGCUCGAUGUCUGGAAGCUACACUUGAUACAGAGCUUUUUAUUAUUAUCAUUACUAAUGUCAUAAUAUGUUUGCUGCUGCAACCAAAAACUUCGUUAAACAGGUUGGUGAUGGAGGAAGAUUAGUUCCAGUGCCCAGCCUCAGUGAAGCUGACAGAUACCAACCUCUGAGCCUUGUGAUUAAAAAAAGAAAAUGCUUGCUUUCAAAAAAAUCUAAAUUUGCUUCAACACCUUUCACAUUAAAAGACAUUCUUCAAGGGGAGAAAGAAAUUUCUGCAGGUGUCUCGUCUUACCAGUUGCUCAACUAUGAAGACAAAUCAGAUGUUUCACUUAAUGGCAGAAGAGGAAAUCAGAUAAUGAAUGAUGUUGGUUUUGAUGUUGCUGGAUCAGAUUCUGUUGCCUUUAAAGCUUCAUUUGGCAUAGUGACCAAACACGAAGUUGAAGUACCAACAUUACUGAAAGAACUUACUACAAGAAAAAUAAACUUUGAUCAUUGUCUAGUCCAUCAAUCAAGAAAAAGUAGGAUGGAAAUUUUGUGUGUGGUCAUGGAAAGUAUUCGAACUACAAGGCAGUGUUCAUUAACUGUCCAUACUGGAAUGCGUGGAGAGACAAUGAGGUUCCACAUAAUUGAAGACCAGAAUUAUAAAGGGCGGGACAAAGCCAUUGUUUUUCCUGCUCAUACAACUAUUGCUUUUAGUGUAUUUGAACUCUACAUUCAUUUGGAUGGUAAUUUUGAACUCUGCGUGACUCCAAUUGCAAAAGGAGGAUUUGAAAGAGAGAAAUCUGGAUCAUCUUCACUGACCAAAUUCAGGAGAUUAAAGAAUAAUCUGUUUCAUCGAAAUAAAGGAGUAGUGGAAAUUGUUGCUAACUCCGAUCCUUACUUGGAGGACCUUUUUGCAGAUUAUUAUGAAAAAGCUGCAAGCAUGACUGAUCUCUCUACAAGCUAUCUCAGAGACGGUUCUCAUAUCCGAAUUAAUUUGCUUAAUAACAACAUCCCCAAAGGCCCCUGUGUCCUUUGUGGAAUGGGAAGUACAAAAAGGGAGACAGUCUAUGGGUGCCUGGAGUGUUCUUUUAAUGGACAGAAGUAUGUACGACUGCAUGCCGUGCCCUGUUUUGACCUCUGGCAUAAGAGAAUGAAGUAACUGAUCUGGGUAAGUGCCUGUUAUCACAGACAUGGGCAUAACUGUGCCACAAACUUUUCAGAGUUAGUAACUAUGUCUCCAAUUGUGAAAUGCAAAACAGUGAAAGUGCAAAAUAUUUUAUUACGCUGUUAUCUUCAAAUUCCAUGCUUCACAGUCAAUGACCUCUACUUUAAAAUGCACAUGAAUUUCCUGACAUUGCUGUUUUUCCUAGAACCUUCUCAUUAUCACGAUAAUGAAAAACAUACUUUUAAAUAGUAUUUUCAAAAUGUCAAAAUAUAUGCUAGAACUCAAAGUUGUUUACAUAAACUUGUUGUUAAACCCCAAAAUGUUGCCUUUCUCUACACUGGCAUAUGACGGUUAAAUGAGAAUAUUUGUUAAUAAUUUAGUGUUCUCAUGAAUGUUUAACUGAAGUAUCAAAUUAAAAAACAUGCUAAAACUUAGCUCAGUCUAAUGUUUCAGUUCCAAAAGGGAACAACUGGAACUAUGGAUGGGAGCUUCAUAUUAGGGUGCUGUUGCUGAAUAUCACGUUUGUUUAAUUAUGAAAAAGUACCAGCCAGUCUACCUGCUGCAGUUGGAUUCUAUGUCACAGCUGCUCGUGACUUUCUUUUAUGUGCUCAGAAAGAAACCUGCUUAGCAGAAAAUGUUUUGGAAGCUUAUGAAAACAAUGGAACUGCUCACUCCAACAAGACUUCAGGGGUGAAGGUUUUUAACAGGUGCAUCCCAGCCUCAGGAAAUUGAGUCUGUUGAGGACUGGAACACCAGAGCUGUGUCCAGGGCUGGGAUUGGGCUGUGGGGCAGGGUGCUGUUAAACUUCUCACCACACGGUUUUACACUGGCAGAGCAAAAGACCUUUUUAAACCUUUUAAAAUUAUUUCAAGGAUAACCUAGGUAUGAAAGCUUUUUUCACUUGUGCUGCCACUUUCACUGAGUACAUCUCAUUAUUACAUGUUGAAAUGAAUACAGCCAUUGCUUUUCAUGUGAGAAGAGUGAAGUAUGUUACACAAGUGUUAUGAUGUGCUCUGCACAAGCAGAACAGUUAACAGAUACAAGUACUGCCUAUUAACUAUUGCUACUUCUUUGCAUUUUUCCAGUGAGGAAAACCAGAACGAUGCCCAAAGAAUUAAUUACUUAUGUUUAUAUACAGCAUCCCCCAUCAUCUUCAACCUCAUUCAAUGAAAUUAUAAUAGUGUAGAUUUUUAACUUGGCGCUGCUGAAUAAACUGGCGAACUUCAUGAUUUUACUAAGUCAAAGUUUAAACACUCAUUUUAAAUACUGCUUUUUCUUCAACACCAAAUUCUUCUUGUUAAUAAUACAUCAAAGAGGUUAUUUUAAGUUGUUUUAAAAACAUUUUUAUCUCAACAUUCCAUAGACAGAGUUGGCCCAUUUUAAGGCCUUUCCUCAAGAAGGUAGGCUAGGAGCCUGCAGGGUCUAAGAGUUAUAUUCCUGGGAUUCCCUUUUUAUUUUACAGGGGAUCGAGAUUUCCAUUUCUGUUUUACAGGGGAUUUAGAAGUGGUCAGCACUUACAUUCCAGCUGUGUCAAAGGUUACUGUAACUUUUGUGUGCUCCAAAGAACAGAAAUAAUUAUUUUCAUCAGUAUUUCAUCAAAUGAGAGACUAGUGAGCAAUACUGUAGAUUGGAACACGUUGUAAGAACCACAAAUAUUAGAUCAUGGUGUACUUCAAUUUUAUUUCUUUUGAAACAUCUGACACAUUUUAUUAGCUGAAUGUUAAAAAUAAGAUUUUUACAGUCACCUUAAGAGAUAUAAAAAGAUUCCACUAUAAAAAAAAUACAAAAAUUCUGUGACAAAGUAUUAUUAUUUAGAAUUCAGUGUGCAGAAAACAGCCAAAGAUUUUUUAAAGUACUUAGAGUUCAUCAUGCUGGUAGACAUUGUACUCCUUUGCUGAUAUGAAGCCAUCUCCAUCAUGGUCAUUCUUCUUAAAUAUAUCAGCUAAGAUUUCAUCAUGGGCAGAAGGAUGACGUUUUUUGCCAUCUCUUGCAAAUUCUUCUUUCAAAUACUGGCUUAUCUAGAAGAAAAGAAAAAAGUCAAAUCAUUGUGACUUUUAUGUCAGUACUCAAUCUAGCUAUCUUCAAGGACACGGGGGGUAUACAAGUAAUGUACUAUGAUUCCAGUGCAGACACAUCUACAGCUUGUCUACAGGAAGUGUGAGACUUACUAAUGUAUUAAAGCAAAUUUCAGCAAACUACA